ACCGUCCCGACAUACCAGCACCAGUGCAGACGAAUCAACCGGGCAGGCUUCCGCCUCGGACGGCCAAUUGCAAUCUGCGAGUUCACGCCCGACCACCGUCGAUCCCUUCGAGACCAACGAUGGCUAUGAACGCCGAGUUGAAACCAACACUUUUGAGCCGGCCGGUCAUGCGCCGUCACUGGGAAAUGGUCCGGUUGGAACUGGAAGAUUAGGUCUGUCAACUCUUCAUAUGCGCAGAGAUGGCAUAAUUGAAUUUCAAGGAGGCUCAUCCGUUUUCUCCUUCGCCCGUGCGGAGAGGUCAAGCUCAGGACAGGAAGACGAAAUCGCCUUGGAUGAAGGACGGCCACCGACUGCUGAUCAUAUUCCUCGACUAUUCAGUCACCUGCCGAGGAGGUGGAGCCACGAGGUCAGGAGCUUGUACUUGGAGUACGGGGAGUCCUUCAACAGGGUCUUUCCACUGUUUGGUGCGCGCUUUAGAUCUGAACGAAAGAAGUUCGUUUUUUCUCAGGUCCCAGAAGGCAGUCCUCUGCAGUUAUGCUUGGAUGUUAUGCUGGGAUUCAUGUAUAGGGAAAAAGGAUACACCGUUUGGGGGAAUGACCGUGAUAGAUAUUGGCUGAGGGCCACGGCAUUAAUCACGAGGCCAAGGAGUACUAGCAUUGGCAUUUCUCUUCCGCAGCUCGGGGGCAUCAUCAGGCCUUUGUCAAAUAUGCACGAGAAGGGAUGCUGAUGGCGCGAACUGCAGGGCUACACCGACAUGGCACUGUUCUGUCGGAUGGUAGCACCCUGUCGGAUCAGGUCAUCCUUGAAA